AUGUUCGACGACUGCGUUCACCAGCCCGGUCUGCAUGUCUUCAGGGUGGAGAAGAUGAAGCUGGUCCUGGUGCCAAAGGAGCAGGUCGGGGUCUUCUAUUCCGGGGACUCGUAUCUGCUGCUCAACAACAUAGAGAAGGGAGGCUCCAACCUGCACUUCUGGAUUGGGAAGGACACAUCGGUGGAUGAACAGGGGGCCAGCGCCAUGUUCUGCACCCAGUUGGACACCUACUUGAAUGGCCACCCCGUGCAGUACCGAGAGGCCCAGGGGCACGAGUCUGAGAAGUUCAUGAGCUACUUCAGCAAUGGCAUCAAGUAUCAGGAAGGUGGUGUCUCUUCUGGACUCAACAAAGUCCACACUGACAUCUCCCAGAUCAAGAAGCUCUACGUGGUGAAAGGGAAGAAGAACAUCCGGGCAACUGAAGUGGAUCUCUCCUGGGCGAGCUUCAACAAGGGAGACUGCUUCAUCCUUGACCUUGGGGAGAAAAUCUUCGCCUGGUGCGGGUCUCAGUCCAACAUCCUGGAGCGCAACAAAGCAAAGGAUUUAGCCAACCAGAUAAGAGACUGUGAGAGGAAGGGGAAGGCCAAGGUGGAGAUUGUGCAGGAAGGGGAGGAGCCUGAAGAUAUGAUCACGAUACUGGGCGCGAAACCGGCCCUGAGGGAUGGAAACCCAGAGGAGGACAAACAGGCAGAUGAGCAGAAUGCCCACGCCGCUGUGCUGUACAAGGUCUCCAAUGCAAGUGGUAAAAUGGACCUGACCAAGGUAUCUGAGAGCAGCCCCUUUGGGAAGGAGCUCCUUUCCUCCGAUGAUUGCUUUAUCCUGGAUAAUGGCAAGAACGGGAGAAUCUUCAUCUGGAAAGGCAAGAAGGCCAACAAGGAGGAACGCCAGUCAUCCCUCGACAUGGCAAAUGAGUUUAUUGCUCGCAUGAAAUACAGCAAAACAACACAGGUGCAGAUUGUAACCGAGGGGAAUGAGAGUGGGCUCUACAAGCAGUACUUCAAGACCUGGGCAUAA